GUCGUGACGAUAAGAACACAAACGCAAUUUGUUAAUGAAUUUUAUUAAUUUUAUUUUGGUAAAAGAUACAAACGAGCGCGGUAAAAUUAUAAAACAAAUCUAACUACCAAAUAAAAUCAAAGUGUUUAGUGUAGAAAAAAAAACGAACAACAAAAGAAAUUCAAUUUCAAAUACGAAAACAGGGUUUUAAAAAAAAAGAAUUUCGAAAUUAAAAACCAAAAUAAUACAAAAAGUGAAAAAAAUACGUCCAAACAAAAGUGCAAAUUUCUAAUUUUUAUUAGGAAACAUGUUUUAAUUAUAAUUGUUAAAAAGUGUUAAAGAAAAGUGUAUGGAAACGUAACACCAGAAUACUUUGUUUUUUAUAUAAUUUAGUAUUUAUUUAAAUAAUCAAUCAUGGAUUUACCUCACACAUACAAAAUACAACAUCCCAGCAGUAGGCGUGGCUGUUAUUUAAGAAAAAUGCAUUUUCACAUCUUAAUGUUAUUGGGAUUAUGGAUAUCGAAUACAAUUAUUGGCUGUGCAGCAUUGCCGCAUCCAAGCACCACCACAAGAAAUAGCAUAAGUAAACGGAAUCACAUAGAAGAUGAUUAUAAUGAAAAUGUGGCCGUGGCUUUGGGAGCACCACUUAUCAUACCUCUAGAGGAGGAAGUACAAUUAGAGGAGAAUAGCGAAUAUACCAUUAAAUGCGAAGACACCGAGCCGAUCGUGUGGAAAACACCGGUGAAUUAUAUCACAUUCGAGGAAAAUGCGUAUAUACCACAGGAUCAAAAGAGACGUCACGGCAGUAGUUUGACCCUGAGAGAGGUCAACUAUAUGAAUGUGGGCAAUUAUUAUUGUGUCAAGACGAGUGCCUUAACCAAGAGUUUGGAUAUAAUGGAUGAUUCGGAGCUAAACGAUUUGGCGAAUAUUAAUUUAGCUUCUGUUAUAUAUGUUUAUGUUAAUGAUCAAAAUAAUUUACUGGCACCCAUGGCAUUUCCCAUAACAUAUGUCAUACAAUACCAGGAUGCGGUUAUACCCUGUAAACCCACCAUGCCUAAUUAUGAUGUCAUUUUAACAACACCCAAUGGCGCCACAUUUGCCAGUAACAGCGGUAUACGUUAUAAUCCACGUUUGGGUUUUGUCAUGGAAAUACGAAGUUUUGAAGAGAGCGGCACCUACAUCUGUCGGCCGAAGAUCCCGUCCCUGGCGAACGAGGAGGAACAAACGGAAAUUGAUAUAAUUUUGGGUAACAAAAUCAUUGAUACUUCAUUAAAUACAAACCAAUUGGAUAGACCUACAACUGCUAAGGAAGAUUUGGAGCUAACCUCGGUUAUGGUAGAACCAACAAAACCAACUACUAUCACCACCACUAAAUUAACUACGAAAAAAACUUAUACCACACAUGUGGAUAAACCGAAUAUAACAUCGAAUGCCAAGCAUCAUGCUCCCGAGGGAGGAACUUUCGAAUUGACCUGUGAUGUCAAAAUUGCCCAUGAUAUCAAGUACAAAUUAGAAUGGGUUUUACCAGAGGGUGUGCAAAGGGAUGAGGCCCGCUUUAUAGAGAAAAGCGUAGCCAAUGUCAAAGUCACAGACACCCAUGUCUAUGGCCGCAAUAUUUUAACCGUUAAAAACGCCAAAACUUCCGAUUCGGGCCGCUACACUUGCAAUGUCUCCGAUCAUUCUUCGAAUAAGGCCAAAAGCUCUUAUAACAUGUUGAUUGUGCGCAAAGAUGAGAGUUACAUUAAGAUGCGCGAGUCCAAUGACUAUUAUACCAUCAAUGAGAAGGCUAACAAGACGGUACAGAUGUCGGUGCGCUACAGUGGUUAUCCCUGGCCCAAAUUGAAGUGGUACAAUCCCAAUGGCACUGAGAUAUUUAAUAAUCACAAAUUCGAAAUAACUACCGAUGAUGUUUCAUCGACUUUAAAGAUCUACAAUACACGUCUGUGGGAUACGGGCACUUAUAUAGUGGAGGCUACGAAUACAGAGAAUUCCCUGAAACGUGAAUUUAAUGUGACCAUUGAAGAUAUACCCAUAGUUAUGGUGGAAGAUGUUUAUGUUCAUGCCGAUGAGAAGGCUCAUGUUCAGUGUCGUGUGCAGUCGCAUCAGAAGGCUUUGGUGACCUGGGUAUUUGAACCGUGCAGCAUUGAGCCGAGAUGGCCCUCGUGUUCUAGUAAGGUCAUACAGGAUUUUAAUGAAACCUCUUCAACGGAUGGCUCCACACCCAUUGAGUUUAUUUACGAUUUGUAUUUUGAGCCGAAAUCCCCGGGCAUAAUACGUUGUGUGGCGGCAAAUAAGAUCGGCAGAGCUUUGGCUAAAAGUCAUAUUUUAAUACGUGACAUUAAUGAUAAUAUGACAAUUUAUGGCAUAGAUGAUCAUGAUAUUAUAGCCUUGGGUGAUAAGGUCACCAUAACAUGUGCUGCUGUGGCCUAUUACUUUUCGGGCGAUAUCAAUUGGUAUGAUAGCAAGGGCAAUCUAAUCGAAGAUACUCAAGACAUUGUUAUCACUAAAUCCUCAACUCCCUACUCAUAUCAGAAAUCUUUAACAUUUAAAAAGAUUAAAGAUUCCGAUCAGGGUCAAUAUGAGUGCAGGGCUAGAGCUAUAAAUCAUGAAACCACAGAAUCCAGAUUAUUCAAUAUUAUCACACAUGAACCCUCUUCACCGCGCAUGGUCAACACCAAUUUGGGUGAUAGCAAUAAAAUUGAGCGUAAACUAGGAGAAUCAGUAGAAUUGAGAUGUGAAUCGGAAGCCAUACCUAAAGCCUCGGUUGUGUGGUAUAAAAAUGAUGAUCUAGUCGAAAAUAAUGAUACCGAUAAUGAGGCUGUUCUGUUAAUACCCUAUCUAAGGCCCGAAGAUCAAGGUCACUAUAAAUGUGUAGUGGCCAAUAGAUUGGGCUCCAUAGAGGAAACUGUAAACAUUAAAAUAACCAACAUUCCCGGUCUCACUUUGGGCUGGAUAGCCGGCAUUAUAGCCUUACUUUUAGUAUUAAUCGGUUUGGUCAUCUAUCUGUACAUAAAAGUUAAGCGUGAGCGCAAACUUUUACGUGAACUUAAGGCUGCCGGUUUGGCCAACUUUGAAGAAGGUGCCGUGGAACACAUUAAUCCAGCCUUAACUUUAGACGAACAGGCUGAUUUGUUGCCCUAUGAUCGUGGUUUUGAGUUUCCGCGUGAAAAACUCAAGUUGGGUAAACAAUUGGGUGCUGGUGCUUUUGGUGUAGUGCUUAAAGCUCAUGCUGAGGGCAUAAAGCCGGAGGAGAAAGAAAGUGUGGUGGCUGUGAAGAUGGUUAAACGUCAGGCGAAUAAUGAGGUUAUGAGAGCUUUGGUAUCGGAGCUAAAGAUAAUGGUGCAUUUGGGUCAGCAUUUGAAUGUGGUCAAUCUGUUGGGAGCGGUAACGAAAAAUAUAGCAAAACGCGAAUUAAUGGUCAUUGUGGAGUACUGUCGCUUUGGCAAUGUCCAGAAUUUCUUAAUGCGCAAUCGUAAGCGUUUCAUCAAUCAAAUCAAUCCAAAUACGGGUAAAAUUGAUCCCACCAUAACGACUCAACGAUUCUCCGAUAACUUUGAGUUGAACCGUGAUGGUCUUAAAUAUGUUAAUCUAUCAUUCUCCAAACAUCAAUAUAUCAAUCAUAUGAAUAAUAUCAACAAUAUGAACAACUAUUAUUCCAUGAACAAUCGUAGCAAUUCGGAUAAUGAUCCAAGAUCGGGCACACGAGCUGGACGUCCCAAUUCCACCGGUUAUAUAACACAAUCGGAAUUGUAUGAGGGUCAAGUGAAUACAUGUGGCACGGAGCAAACUGUGAUGACAACGGUACCAGAAGAUGAUGACAACAACAUCAUGUCCAACAAUUCCGUGCAACCAGCCUGGCGUUCAAAUUAUAAACCCGACUCUACCGAAGCCAUGGAAGUCUCCACUACCGAUCUUAUUAGCUGGGCAUUCCAAGUUGCCUGUGGCAUGGAAUAUUUAUCCUCCAAGAAAGUGUUACAUGGUGAUUUAGCCGCUAGAAAUAUUCUACUGUGUGAGGAUAAUAUUGUGAAAAUUUGUGAUUUCGGUUUGGCGCGUUCCAUGUACAAGAGUGACAAUUACAAGAAACAGGGUGAUGCGCCGUUGCCUAUUAAAUGGUUGGCCUUGGAAUCCUUAAGUGAUCAUAUCUUUAGCACUUACACCGAUGUCUGGUCGUAUGGUAUUGUGUUGUGGGAGUUGUUUUCAUUGGCUAAGGUGCCCUAUCCGGAGAUUGAUGCAAAUCAAAGUUUGUAUUUGAAAUUAAAGGAUGGUUAUCGUAUGGAGAAGCCACCUUAUGCUAAUGAUGAUUUGUAUGAUAUAAUGUUGGAGUGCUGGAGUACGAAUCCGGAGAGAAGACCAUUGUUUAAUGUGUUGAAGGAGAGAUUUGCCAUAAUGUUGGGAGAGGAGGGCACGAAUCACUAUGUAGAUUUAAAUGAACCUUACUUAAGAGUAAACACCGAAUAUUUUAAACGUAAUCAAACUGAUUACUUGUCUUUAAUGGGUUCUCCCGAUGAGAUGGCACCACCACCGCCUCGAUAUGUAAAUGGUCUUAUACUACCCGAAAUACGCAUAGAUUUGUCUACCGAUGACUAUCUAACAAUGAGUCCAAAUGGUGACGCAGUCAUAUUCUCACCAACUCGUCCUAAGGACUCACCUAAAACAUUGGAAGAAAAUGAUGAUGAUCAACCACCCAAUAUUUCAGCUACUUCUUUUAAUUUCCCAGAUACCGCAGCGUCCCAACAUUCCCCCACCAUAGUCAAUAAUCUGGAUAGUCCGGUGAAUAAGCCGCCACGCAACAAAAAGGAGGGCAUUGAUCCCUUGCCCGAGGAAAUACCCAUGCUGCAUAAUGCCCAGCACAGCGAGGACAGUCCCGAGCAACCAAGAAAAUAUACUCAAAUGUUGCAGCAGACUAGAAAUGUGCCCACACCCUCGCCGCGCCAUCAUGUGGCGGAGACCAAGCUGCAGGGUGAAAAUGGUGAGAAUUAUGUGAACAUAAAAUCACCGAAAAAGUUUAUCAACAAUAAUGGCUCGAAGGCGCCGGAUGCAUUCUCAAAUCCAAGUUAUCAGAUACUCAAGACUGGUAGUAGUGGCGAAACGAAAUAAUACGAGUACGAACAAAUGAAGGAGAGGAGGGGAGAGGAGAGCUUUUUCCUUUGCCUCUCUUUCUCUUUGAGUGUAAUGUUUAAGUUGUAAUAUACCGAAAUAUUUAUAUACAAAUUUGUUUUUAGAAUUGAAAUUAAUUAGUAAGCAUCACCUAGUGAUGUGUAAAUGUAAUGAUAAUAUUUAAUUAAUUAAGCUUUUGUCGUUUUAAAAAAAAUCGCUUACACAUGUUUUUUUCUGCACUUGGCAAAGAUGGGAAAAGUUUAAUAAAGCAAAUUGUUAGGGAAAGGGUUUUUUGAAAGCCUUUUAGGAUGUAUUUUUGGGAAAGCUUUUAAAAACUAUAUUUUACUAAAAGCUUAAAAGCUUUAUUACUUUUUUGUAGUAACAGUCACAUAUAGACGAAACAAGUAAAAAAAUCUUAAAAGCAUUAAUUUAUAUAUUCGAAAAUACAACCCUAUAUUUCAGUACAAAUCUAGAUCAUUUUCUAUUAAGCCUUAUGGGACAAGUGUGACUGCAAAGAAAAAAAAAUCUUCUAAACUGUUGCAGUUUAUAAAAUUUAAUCCAAAAAGCUUAGGAAAAACUCGCCUCAAACUAAACAUUUCUAAAUGAUUAUUUAAAAAAGCUUUAAAAUAUUUUUAAUUUUAAAAGCUUUAUAGAACUUCCAACUUUCAAUAAGCUUUUUAUUAUUAGAAAUAGAUUGGUAAUACAAAAUUCCCCCGAAAAAGUAAUUUAAAAAUGUUUUAAAUCAUAAAUAUAGCUUAUUUAAGCAUUAAGCUUUCAAACUAAGCAUUUAAAAAAGCUUUUCUACAAGUGUUGUCCAAUUCAAAUUUAAAAAUGUUUUUUUUUUUUAAAAAAACCUCUUACCAUUUAUAUUUUACCAUCUUUGUCCCAAGUGCCACUCAUUAAAGCUUUUUUUCUUAACACAAAAGAAAAGCUUUCUGUUUUUUCUGUUGCAUUUAAGUUUUAUUUUUUUUUUGUUUAAAUUGUUAUUUAUUACAAGGCCUUUAAAAUAAUACAAAUAAAUCAUUUUUAUAUUUGUUAAAGUUUUUAACUAAAAGUUUCAACUUUAAAAAGAAUUAUAAAAAUAUAUAAAACUAUGAAAUAUUUUUUGUUUAAAAUCACCAUAAACGCCUCAUUUUUUUAUAAAAAAAAAAAUAUUGAAAUAAAAAAUAACUAAAUAAAUAAAUUAUGUAUAUGUAAUUGUAUUACUUUGUGUGUAAUUUAGUGUAUUGCCCCCCACAAUUUAUUUAGCUUUAAAUAUUGUACGUUUUUACCAUUAAGUAUUUUUUAAAUAAAACAAAUAUGUACUAUUUUUUAAAACUUUUUUAGAAAAACCUAAAGAAAUUUAACAAACAUGUUAUAGAAUUUUAAAUUUUAAACAGAAAUAUACAUAAAAAAAAACAAUUAUACAAAAUAUCGCUUAUACUUAUACACAGAUCUAUAUGAAAUGAAUUAAACAAAACUAAUUAAAACAAAUUGUAAAUUCAUUUUUUUUUUAAACUAACUUUUGUCCUAUAAGUUUUAUUAUAUUGAUAUAUAUAAAUAUAUAAUUGUAAAAUAAAGUAAAUUUUAUAAAAAAAAAAUAAAUAAAAAAAA